AUGCCUCCGAAUAUAGUGGUUAUAAAGCUCAUCCACACCGAGGCCCAAUUACCGUGUUACUUCUUAUUAGUGGGAGAAGGUAUUGGCAACCGAAAACAAAUUAGCAAUAUUCCAUCUAAAUUGCCUAUCAUUGCUUUUGGUACUGGCUUGAAAGGCGAAAAUCCUGUCAAGUUUGAAGGUUACCGUAAAGGAUCUGUAGUGUUCUUUACCGAAAAAUGA